CACUGAUGGCAGAACUUCUCAAGCUGCAGCAGAAGCAGGAGCUCCCACCUGAGGUGACCGCUGAAGAUCUGACGGACCUUCUGGUGGAGCAAGUCAGCAGGUCAGGGGGAGCGAGGCUGUGGAGGCAGGAACUGAACAUUUAUGAGGACACGGAUAUCUACCACCUUCUCGCCCUGGUCUGGCAGGUCAACGUCGGCAUGAAAAUGAGAGACGUUGAGUUUGAAGCUCGAAGGAGACUCACAUCACGAGUGUCCCAAAGGCCGUCUUUUCAAGAUGCUGAGACCAGCAGGACGGCUCAGGACAUCGCCAGGAGUCUGAUGGAGAUGCCUCCGGAGGCGUUUGGCUGCAAAUGCUUCGGCCCGCAGGAGGUGGUGAUGGAGGUUGUCCUGAAAGUCGUGCAGGACUUCUGGCCUCAUCCUACAGGACUGUCCCACAGCAUCAUGGCCUCACUGCACCUCAGCGACACGGCCGUUAGUAUCGCCAAGGAGGUUUUGGACUGGCUCUCCCCCACUCUGUCCACCGUGGACCAUCGGGCCACAUUCUCCUGCACCGACAGGGACCACAUGGUUCUGUCCAUCCUGGAAAAGGUCAGACAGAUGUACAGCAAAGACGUGCUGGAGGAGGAGCUGAACUCCUUCUCUCCAGAGGUGCUGACCACCAUCAUGGAGGUGACGGUGCAGGAGAUCAGGCGGCUUUUCAGGAAAUAAUAAGUGAAUCUUUGUCUUACAGUCACUUGAGU